AUGAACGCCCUGUCACGGCGAGAGGAGGAGGCGCUCGAGAAGAGUACAAAGGCACGCGCACUCAGGGAAUGUGACACUCUCGUCAGAGAAUUUGCAGAGUGCACGCAAGGUCGGACUAUCUCACUCUUAUGGGCAUGCAAGGACAAGUAUAAGCUUGUCCAAGAUUGCAUGUAUCAAUAG